GGAAGCGCUUUAAAAAUAGGCAAAAAACCAAGAAAAAUAAUGGCGCGAUGUUAAGAUCCAAUAAAUCUUUGGCACUCGUGACCAGAGGGGUUGAGAAAAUUGUCCACUAAUUGCUAAAGACAUCAUUAAUUUCAUACUCACGCACUAAAUUUGCUCACAGUAUUUUACUUUCUCAAUUUUGAAAUGAUGUCACAUAGUUCAAGCACUUGGUAUUCAAUUUCUUUGACAUAAGAGCUCUACACAAAUGUUCUGGAAAUGAAAAUGUUAAGUACGCAUCUCCCGGUUAAGUACGCAUAGAUCUUUAGGGUUCAAAGUGCGUACUUGAGUGGAAGACUACUAUACAUGUUCUAGCCUCAACCUCCAGAUCUUGCUAUGAGACUCUCUAAAAUCAUCAAAUUAUUAUCUUGACUUUUUUGGAAUUUUUGAGCCGAACAAUUUGUUUAUAAAGUGACUCAAAUUCCUUAAAUACAACGUUGUUUAUUAAAUCCAAAUCUAAAUCUUGAGAAUCAAGAAAUUCAUCAUCAUUUUUUACUCUAUCUUCAAAUAUUUCUUCAUAUGUCAAAAUUUCAAUGGUAUAUAUUUCAUUGUUUUCAUCAUCAACAUAAACAAAUUUUAAUAUUGUUCUUAUCCAACUUUUCAAAGCUACAAUAGCUUGUGUAACUUCGGUCACUAAAUACUAAUCGGCUUCCACUAUCAUUAUUUUGUCUUAACAAAUGCAGAUUUCAUAGAGCUUGAUGACACUAAUUGCCAAAUAUCUUUGAAAUAAUUCCCAGCGUCAAACAAAUGAGUUUGAAUCUCAUUAGAAGAUUGAUUGAUAGAGAGUCCACCGUAGGCUGGAGAAGAGAAAGCGGCGUUGUUGAAUAAUGGAAAUCGACCUCUGUUUCAGAAUUGCCCUCUUGGUGCUGCUUGCAAGUUGCGUUGCAGGUCCAGUGCAAGGAAUACGUUUCGUCCUCGAUAGGAAGGAGUGUUUCAGUCAUGAAGUUCACUGGGAGCAUGAUAACGUCGACGUUUCAUUUGUUGUCAUCAAGGCUGAUAAUCCCUGGUCCUUCAAUCGUCUGGGCGUCGAUCUCACGGUAGAGGCACCAAAUGGGAGACUUUUGUACAAUGGUCAUCAAAAGGAGGAUGAUAAAUUUGAAUUCGAGGCCCCUGUCAGAGGAUUUUACAGAUUCUGCUUCAGCAACAUUUCCCCUAUGCAUGAGACGAUUGACUUUGAUGUGCACAUUGGGCACAUAACUUCUCGAGAAGAGCUUGCCAAACCUGAGGAUUUCGAUCCUCUGUUGCAUCAAAUUUCUGUCAUCGAGGAAGCUUUAUAUGGUGUUAGAUUCGAACAACAUUGGCUCCAAGCACAGACCGAUCAUCAGGCUAUAAUGAACGAGGCAAUGAGCAGAAGAGUGAUAUACAAGGCUUUACUAGAAUCAGCAGCACUUGUUGCGUGCAGUUUCUUACAAGUUUUUCUUCUGCAGCGCCUUUUUGAGAGGAAACUUGGCAAAGGUUCACGAGUGUAGAUCUUCAACAGCUUCCACAGUGUGGAUAACUUGCCCAAGGAGAGAAAAUUUUGCAGGACGUAGAUGUAAACAUGACAACAUUUGAUGUUGUCUGCACUAACCUCACCCUUUAGCAUGCAUAAAUAAUGCACACAAGAUUUGAUUUCUCUUGAAAUUUCACAAGAGCAUAUCAAUAUUCAACUAGCUCAGCUACACAAAGAAGGAGCCGGGUUACCAGUGUGACUUAUGUCUCCAUCCUACCGAAGUCACGAAAGCGAGAAUCAGAAAGCAAAUUCGGUGAUAUUGUUUUCCCUCCAUGACCUUUGUAAGCCCUACAUGCUUUUCGUUCCAAGCGUGGAGGUAUCGCCAACUUUUGGGUUGAAUGGCAGAUAGAGUUUCAAGAGGUGCGUGAGAUAGCCCUGUUCGAUAUUCUGCUUGAUUACCUGAACGGUAAAUGAGAUAUGCAGCAUUGAUGGAUGUAUCGAGACGAAAACAGUCUAUACAAUACCUUGCAAAAUGUUCUUCUAGACAAAAUGAAGGAGUUCAUGAAGAAAGCCGCGAGGUUGAAUGCUUCAACAAGCUGUGCUAUCGUCGAACUUCACUGUAACCCACAGGAAACGCAGUAGCCAGUGUCCAGGAGGAGCAACUCCACCAAAUAUCUCAGGCAGAAAAUCGUAGUACUCAACAUUUGGUCACCGAGAGCUCGUCGUCGACUGGGUUCGAUUCGGUGGGCCGCAAAGUAUGUUGUUGAAGCUGAUGAAUUUUAUCUGCCUGUUAUCACCUUUUUGCUUGUUUCACACCGCGAAGAUACACUGCUGCUGUCCGAGCGGGGUUGGAAGAUGCCACUGUGCCGUUUUGGGCAGGGGUAGGAAAAUUCUGGCCAUUGCCACCUUGACCGAUCCGGGUAGGUGCUAAAUCGGUUUUUGGAUUUCUUGUCUGGGACUGGUGUUUGUGUUUGAUGUUUUAUCCCGAGCCCUUGACAGACCAUUGGGUGAUAUGCAUAGCAUAAAUUUGUGAUGACAGCAGUUGUACCCACUUAUGUUUUGCAGACAUUCUUCCGUGACAUGGACUACAAAUUCAGUCGAGGGUCGCGAUAAUAGUCAACAUUAAUUUACUGGAAUCUGAUGGAUUCCGGGUCGAUUGGGUUCACAGAUAAUUGGCAUGCCUACUUCUUAGGCCACCUUGUGGCAGCCAGUGUUAUGAGUUCUAACCCGACCUUUUGGACCGGGCACACUUGGAGCAACCAUGGAUAUGAUUAGCCACUACGUUGUGGUGUGACUUGUUCUUGGCUAUUUCAAGCAGUGUAGGGAAUGGAAUGACCGCAAGAGCCAAGUUCUCCGGUCUAAAAUGUGCUGUAAACCAUCUAAAUCUAAGAAUGUGACAAGG